AAAAGGCAGGUGAACCAAGCUUUAAAUCCCACAACAGAAGGAAUAGAAAUUUGGAAAGUAUUGUAUUUCUGUUAUGCUGCAAUUUUGUGUGUGAUGCAGCAGAAAGGGAGGAUUAACAACGGCAGAUCUAGGUCAUUUUCAAGAUCCCGUGUUGCCAUUGAGGGAUUUUAGCUCUUUUUCCUUUCUUUUUUCUCCCUUCAUCAUUUGAAAAAAAAAAAAAAAAAGCAAAUUUCAAAUCUCCCCUCCGAAAAGCUAGCUAGAGAUAUUGCGCAUUAACAAUGGCGACUAACGGAGUUGUAGGGGAUGAGCGAGAUAUUCAAAAGAACUACUGGAUGGAGCACUCAGUUGAUUUGACAGCGGAGGCCAUGAUGCUUGACUCCAAAGCCUCUGAUCUUGACAAAGAAGAACGUCCCGAAGUGCUAUCCCUACUCCCACCAUAUGAAGGGAAAUCCAUUUUGGAGCUAGGAGCUGGCAUUGGUCGAUUUACUGGUGAAUUAGCUCAAAAGGCUGGUCAUGUUAUAGCUUUAGACUUCAUUGACAGUGUUAUAAAAAAGAAUGAAAGCAUCAAUGGACAUUAUAAAAAUGCCAAAUUCCUCUGUGCUGAUGUGACUUCCCCAGAUUUGAAAAUUUCAGAAGGAUCACUGGACUUGAUAUUUUCAAAUUGGCUGCUGAUGUAUCUUUCAGAUAGAGAAGUUGAGAAUUUGGCAGAAAGGAUGGUGAAAUGGUUGAAGGUUGGUGGACAUAUUUUCUUCAGGGAAUCUUGUUUUCAUCAAUCUGGUGACUGCAAGAGAAAGCAUAACCCAACUCACUAUCGUGAGCCCAAAUUUUACACCAAGAUCUUUAAAGAAUGCCAUGCAACUGAUGAUUCAGGAAAUUCAUUUGAACUUUCUCUAGUUGGCUGCAAGUGCAUCGGAGCUUAUGUUAGGAACAAAAAGAAUCAGAAUCAGAUUUGCUGGAUAUGGCAAAAAGUCAGUUCAGAUAAUGAUAGGAUAUUCCAACGCUUUUUGGAUACUGUUCAGUACAAAUGUAGUGGCAUACUCCGUUAUGAGCGUGUCUUUGGACAAGGAUUUGUGAGCACAGGAGGAAUUGAAACAACGAAAGAAUUUGUGGGGAAGUUGGAUCUUAAGCCUGGCCAAAAGGUUCUAGAUGUUGGCUGUGGCAUUGGUGGAGGUGACUUUUAUAUGGCAGAGAAAUUUGAUAUCCAUGUUGUGGGCAUCGAUCUCUCCAUAAAUAUGAUUUCUUUUGCUCUUGAACGAGCUAUUGGACUCAAUUGCUCAGUGGAAUUUGAAGUUGCUGAUUGCACUAAGAAGACAUAUCCCGACAACACAUUUGAUGUUAUCUACAGUCGUGACACCAUUCUACAUAUUCAAGACAAACCAAAUCUAUUUAGAGCUUUCUACAAAUGGUUGAAGCCGGGGGGCAAAGUUCUUAUAAGCGAUUACUGCAAAAAAGCUGGAACUCCAUCAUCAGAAUUUGCUGAGUAUAUCAAGCAGAGAGGGUAUGAUCUCCAUGAUGUAAAAGCAUAUGGCCAGAUGCUUAGUGAUGCUGGUUUUGACGAGGUUGUUGCAGAGGAUCGAACUGAUCAGUUCAUACAAGUUCUGCAGCGUGAAUUAAACCAAGUUGAGAAGGACAGAGAUGCAUUUGUGUCUGACUUUUCUCAAGAAGACUAUGAUGAUAUAGUUGGUGGAUGGAAGGCAAAGCUGAUAAGGAGCUCAUAUGGGGAGCAGAGAUGGGGCCUUUUCCUCGCCAAGAAAAACUAA